UUGUUUUCCAGCUACGGGCUUCCGAAGAGCUCCAUUUUGUGAGAGCCGUCGAAGCAGAGCCGCGUCCCCGAGGAAAGAAAAAAACCUAGGAACGACUAAAAAAAAAAGAAGGUCAAAGUCACCCGACGAACAGCUCGCUAACCAAGUUAUCAUCCGAAAGGAAAGCAAAUCUUAUCGUAUGUCCGAUAUCCAGAACCUCCAAACUUUUGACCCCUUUGCUGAUGCAACUAAGGGUGAUGACCGCCUCCCAGCCGGGACAGAGGACUAUAUCCACAUAAGAAUCCAACAGCGGAACGGCAGGAAGACCCUCACCACUGUCCAGGGCAUUGCCAUCGACUAUGACAAGAAGAAGCUAGUCAAGGCCUUCAAGAAGAAGUUUGCGUGCAAUGGGACAGUGAUUGAGCACCCAGAGUAUGGUGAAGUGAUCCAGCUCCAGGGAGACCAGCGCAAGAAUAUCUGCCAGUUCCUCAUCGAGAUUGGCCUGGCCAAGGAGGAGCAGCUCAAAGUCCACGGCUUCUAGAAGCUGCUAGCAGCCCUCUCCCCUUCUACUAGAAGGCCAUUACCCCCCCCCCUCUCUCUCCCUCCCCCCCCCCUCUCUCUCCCUCCCCCCCCUCUCUCUCUCCCUCCCCCCCCUCCCUCCUCCUAUGUGCUGCUGUUGCCCUUCUUCCCCCCUCUCCCUCCUUGCAACCCCACCAGCUCCCAUUAGCCAACACGUGAAUUACCUCUGACAAAAAUGGGAUUCUGUAACACCACCGCCCCCCUACACCACCAGGGGGCAGGCUCGCUCUCUCAAAGACACACCACUGCAGCGCCACACAACAUCAGGGAUGAGUGGUGAUGACCCCCCCCCCCCCUCACAAACUUCCUUUUCCCCCCCUUUUUGUUUAUAUACUUUUUAAAUUUUUCUUUUUAGGUCUUGUGCCACAACAUGGAGGCACCGUUUCAUGUAACUUUUUUGUUUUGUACUUCAAGGUGUUUCAAUAAAACGUUGCGUCUCCACAUGGAGUGUUGUCAUGGGGCACUGGGGGCUGGGUUUGUACCGGAAGGUCCCGGCUUUACAACUGUUAGCUGCUGAACUGGGUGCGUUUAGGAGGACGGGGUCUUUUUGUCCGGCGCGCGCUGCAGAAGUCAGUCUCUGUGGUUUGCCGACAGAAGAGACGUCCCUCUUGUCAGCCCUUCUCAUAACUCCCACCGGCAUCGUUUACACGCCCGGCCGCCAAGUAAAGUUCUGACCAUCUUCGCCGCGCACUCCGGCACUUUUAUGUUUUUGCUCUUCGUGUAACGGCACAUUUUUCUAACUCGUUUCUUCAUAUAUAUUUUUGUUAAUUUGCGGCCGACUCAAGUAUUAAACCUGAAUUGGCGUUCAGUCAGAGCGAGGCCCGUGACGUGGACGGCUGAGUCGGUUCCUUUGAGAACAGAGGAACCCUCCAGAGUGGGAAGUGAACUCCAUACUGGUGACGCUUUAGUUCACUUAUAAUUUCAUAUUACUGCUGGAAGAAGGGCGCUUCCUCCUCUGGCACACGACCGGCUUCCUGCUGGGCUCCGCUCACUAUUCUGGUACCACAGCUGCAGUUAUGGACUCUUGAAUCUUUAAUUUUCAUAUAUAAUGCAAUAAUUUAUAAACCUGAGUUAAAGAUGUAGUGAUGCUGAAGUAAUACAGUAACAAAACAAAAACCACGAAGCCAUGGCCAGGUCCCACUGUGCUCCUGUGACCGAGGACGGAGAGCAAGUCUGUUGAGAAAUCCUCAUUUGGUUCAAUAAAAUGUCUGCAGUUGAAAA